GCAACAUUCAUUGAUUUUCAUACACUCCAAGAGUUGGAAAAUAAUCCCAUUUCUCUCUCUUUCUUUUUCUUUUUUCUUUCUCAGUUCUUCAUAACUUGUUUUCAAUGGGUCAGCUUCAUGUGUUCUUCUUUCCAUUGAUGGCACAAGGCCACAUGAUACCAAUUUUGGACAUGGCCAAACAAUUUGUUUCACAUGGUGUUAAAACAACCAUAGUCACCACUCCUCAUAAUGCCCCUAUCUUCACCAAAUCAAUCCAAGCAACAAAAAAUUUGGAUACCCAGAUCUCAGUUAGUGUCAUCAGAUUCCCUGCAGAGGAAGCUGGCUUGCCCCAAGGAUGUGAAAACAUCGAUCAAGUCUCCGACGAUAUGAUUCCCAACUUCUUCAAGGCCGUCACAAUGCUCCAAGAACCACUCGAGCAUGUCCUGGAAGAAGCCCGUCCUGAUUGCCUUGUCGCGGACUUGUUCUUCCCUUGGGCAACCGAUGUUGCAGCCAAAAUCGACAUUCCUAGACUUGUUUUCCAUGGAACUGGUUCUUUCGCUCUGUGUGUUUCGGAGCACUUGAGACUCUACAAGCCUCAGAUGAAUGUCUCAUCAGAGUCCGAGCCCUUCAUUGUGCCUAACCUUCCUCACGAGGUUAGGUUAACUAGAAUGCAACUUGCUGAUCAUUACAAAGAAGAUGACGACAACAAGUCAGACUUUACCAAGUUGAUAGAUGUAGUUAUAAAGACAGAGAUGACAAGCUUUGGAGUUGUAGUAAACAGCUUCUACGAGCUUGAACCAGGUUAUGCUGAUCAUUACAGUAGGGUUUUGGGGAGGAAGGUGUGGCACGUAGGCCCGGUGUCACUAUGCAAUAGAGAAGUUGAACACAAAGCACAGAGAGGCAAAGAAACAUCCAUUGACAAACACGAGUGUUUGAAAUGGCUGGACUCGAAGAAGCCCAAUUCGGUUAUUUAUGCAUGCUUUGGAAGUUUGGCAAAUUUUGCUGCUUCCCAAUUACAUGAGCUUGCAAUGGGACUUGAAGCUUCUGGACAAGAAUUCAUUUGGGUUGUUAGAAAAUCUGAGAAAGAAGAAGACUUGGUUGAUUGGUUGCCGGAAGGAUUUGAAGAGAGAACUAAAGGUAAGGGGCUAAUGAUAAGAGGGUGGGCACCUCAAGUGUUGAUUCUUGAUCAUGAAGCAGUGGGAGGCUUUGUGACACACUGUGGAUGGAACUCGACGCUUGAAGGGGUGUCUGCUGGAGUGCCAAUGGUGACGUGGCCAGUGUUUGCAGAGCAGUUCUUCAAUGAGAAGUUGUUGACUGAGAUUUUGAGAAUUGGGGUUGGUGUUGGCUCUCAGCAAUUGAACAGAGAGGCAAGUGAUGGUGUAAAAUGGGAAGCGAUAGAGAUGGCGGUGAAGGAGGUUAUGGUGGGUGAAGAAGCUGAGGAGAGGAGGAGAAGAGCAAGGACACUUAAGGAGAUGGCAUGGAAGGCUGUUGAUGAAGGUGGAUCAAGUUACAUUGAUUUGGAUGAUUUGAUUAAAGAACUGAAUGCUUAUGGCUGUUGAAGCAAGCAAGAAUAUAUAGAAUAUGUGCUCUCUCUAUAUAUAUUUUUUUAAUAAUUGAGGUGUUCGGAAUUUUGCGUUGAUUAA